AUGAGAAUAAUUAUAAUUAUGAAAAUUUCAAAAAUUGAUUUCAUCAGCAAUUGUUGGAAAUUAAGAUUGAAGUUUGAGCAACAAAUUUUAAUUAAUUUAAUUAAUUUAAAAACAUCCACCGCCGGUGGAAAAUUCAGUUCACAAGCACCCAUUAUAGCAACCACAAGUGAAAAAAGUUGUACAGUUAAUUAUUAUUUACCAAAAUUUGUCACUCAAUCUCACUAA